AUGGAAGAGUUUACCCUGCUUCAAGCACUACCUCUCGGCAGUCUCGCCAAGAUCUCCAUCCGUCUGCGUCUCGGUGCAUGGCCCAUGAAGAGUCCCUCCCUACCCGAUGAGAACCUGCGAUUCCAUCCUUCAGUCGGAUCGUUCGUUGGUAGAUGCUUUGUCUUUCGAAGCCUCGUAGACAUUCCACAUGCCGAAGGGGAAGAGCAGAAUGCGAGGACGGCCUGGUAUGGGCCUACCAUCAAUGAAAAUGACUAUGAGGAACAAUGGAAAUAUAACUACACGUUCCCGAUCCUCGACAGGUCCAUGUUCCAGAAUGUUCCCUUCUGCGGAUUGUGUAUGACGCAAGCUGAUGAUGUUUCUACUGCCAAAACACCUGGGCACGUGGCAUUGCUUUCCCACUGGGGGCGCAUGUCUCGCCUUGACAACAGUUACAUCGACAUCAUUGCAAGCAUGGAAGCACCUCCCAUCACUGUCUUCCUUCUCUUCCUCACGUUCUCCGCCCGUACUCAGAGGAAGUAUCCUUGGAUAGGAUGGAUGGGGACAACACAGAGCAAUUUCAUCUGCACGUCGGCCCUCAUCAAUGAUCGCUACGUCCUUACUGCUGCUCAUUGUGUGUCAUCAAACCCAUCUGGAACAUUUUACGUGACUCUGGGAUCCUCGAACCGGUCCCAACGGCCGGCAGGUCAAGCAAUCCAGAUUCCAGCAAGAUCCAUCAUCCACCCAAAUUAUAUUUCGCAACCAAUUCAGAACGAUGUCGCCCUUCUGAAACUUUACACUCCUGUGAACUUCGCAGCUUACCCAAACAUCCGUCCCAUUUGUCUCGCUGGUUUCAAUCCCAGUGCCAAUUCAGUGGUAACAAUCGCGGGAUGGGGCCGAACUUCAGGAAGUUACGUGUACAGCUUCAUCUUUCCCAACACCGUGGAUGCCCAAUGCGUCAAGGAAAUGGUCAUAGCAUAUGCAUACCUCAGCUCAGCAAGUAGUGUCCACGAAGGGCGUGAAGGAUCAAAGCAUGAGGUGCAAGUGUAG